ACUUGACGUGUUUCUCGAUGUAUAUAUUGUGGCAGUUACAUUCUAAUUAGACUGCUGGUAUAGUUUCAAACUCUCCCUUUCCUAUUGUAUUUGCAAGACCGGAUAACAAUUCUUAACGACUUGUGAUUUCAUACAUAUUUGCAUCGUCUGUAAUCGAGACGACAAGAGCAUACAGCCGCACUUCAGAAAAUCUUUACAAUCUGAUACUAUGGAGGAGCAGCCCAAAUCUUCGCAUAUCGAAAAUUCCACUGACAAUGAGUCGGAUGAGAAAUCGUCGCCUUCCUCUAUACCGAGGCAUGAUGAUCCGGAGAUGUUCGCCGAGCAGGCUUCAUCAAAUCGAGAAGACUAUGAUAGAAAAUCUUUACGAUCUGAUACUAUGGAGGAGCAGUCUGAAUCUUCGAAUAUCGAAAAUUCCACUGAGUCGGAUGAGAAAUCGUCGCCUGCCUCUAUACCGAAGCAUGAUGAUCCGGAGAUGUCCGCCGAGCAGGCUUCAUCAAAUCGAGAAGACUAUGAUAGAAAAUCUUUACAAUCUGAUACUAUGGAGGAGCAGCCCCAAUCUUCGAAUAUCGAAAAUUCCACUGACAAUGAGUCGGAUGAUAAAUCGUCGCCUUCCUCUAUACCGAGGCAUGAUGAUCCGGAGAUGUCCGCCGAGCAGGCUUCAUCAAAUCGAGAAGACUAUGAUAGAAAAUCUUUACGAUCUGAUACUAUGGAGGAGCAGUCUGAAUCUUCGAAUAUCGAAAAUUCCACUGAGUCGGAUGAGAAAUCGUCGCCUCCCUCUAUACCGAAACAUGACGAUCCGGAGAUAUCCGCCGAGCAGGCUUUAUCAAAUCGAGAAAACUAUGAUAGAAAGUCUUUACAAUCUGAUACUAUGGAGGAGCAGCCCGAAUCUUCGAAUAUCGAAAAUUCCACUGAGUCGGAUGAUAAAUCGUCGCCUCCCUCUAUACCGAGGCAUAAUGAUCCGGAGAUGUCCGCCGAGCAGGCUUCAUCAAAUCGAGAAGGCUAUGAUAGAAAGUCUUUACAAUCUGAUACUAUGGAGGAGCAGCCCGAAUCUUCGAAUAUCGAAAAUUCCACUGAGUCGGAUGAUAAAUCGUCGCCUCCCUCUAUACCGAGGCAUAAUGAUCCGGAGAUGUCCGCCGAGCAGGCUUCAUCAAAUCGAGAAGGCUAUGAUAGUAAUAAACUUUUACAAUCUGAAGUGGAGAAGCAGUCCGAAUCUUCGAAUAUCGAAAAUUUCACCGAGUCAGAUGACAAAUCGUCGCCUCCCUCUAUACCGAAGCAUGAUGUUCCGGAGAUGUCCGCCGAGCAGGCUUCAUCAAAUCGAAAAAACUAUGAUAGCAAAUCUUCAGAAUCUGAUAUUAUGGAGAAGCAGCACGAAUCUUCUGAUAUUGAGAACUACCCCAAGUCUAACGAGAAAUCGCCGUCGCCCUCUAUAUCGAAGCAUGAUGCAUUGAAGACAUCCGUCGAGCAGGGUUCACCAAGUCGGACAGAUAAUGUUAGAGGCCAGGUAUUAGUAGACAAUGAUGCAGGCACAAAUGUUACAAAAUGUAACUAUUCAUCUGAAACCAAAACAUUAAACUUACCGGAAUCGUCUACUACGGAACCGUCUACUACAGAAUCGUCUCCUAUGAAAUCGUCCGGUACGGAAUCGAACGCUACUGAAAUCGCACAACCGAGUACAUCCAAAUCCACACUCGAGCUAAAAUCUCAAUCAUCGCAAGAAUCCACUCAGAAGAAUGACAGUGACAAUAAACCGAAAGAAAAUCAAGAUAAAUGUCAAAUAAUAAAUACGAAAGCAGAGGAAUCUAUGGAUUUAACGGCAGAUAUUCACGAUAAUACAUCAGAUUCACCUGCAUCUGAGCCAACAGACGAUCAAGCGGAAGCUAUGAACGAUGAGGUAUUUGUGAAAUUCCUUGAAAAAUUUACAUCAACAUCAGUGUCUAAAGAUAAAUCAUUACAGUGGAAAUAUUUGAACGUAAUAUCCAAACUUGCUUGCAGAAUUCUAAUAUUCCUUUUCCUAAUAUUACCACAGUUAGUAAUGAUGGUUAUUAAUAAAGUUGCUUCGAAAUAUAUGAUAACGUAUGAUAAAGCUGAAAAAAACAAAAAACCGGAAUAUAUUCAAGAUACGGAUAUAAAAAUUCGUCGAAAGAAAUCUUUCACAUGUUUGAAAUGUUUUAUAAUCCUGUUAAUAUUAAUUCUAUCUCUAUUCCUAUUUCUAUUUCUAUUUUAUUUCCAUUUUCGAUCUGUGUAUUUGGAUAAGGAUGAUAUGCACUUUGAUACUUUUGCGACUACCGUUGUCGAAUUAGAGAAACGGGUACUAGAUCACGAUGCAACUAUACGAGUCUUGACCGAAUAUCUUGUAAAAGAUAUUUUUAUCGAGGCAAAUAUUAUUAUGAAAAUUAUUCCCUUCAAACCUUUGAGCGAAGAAACGUUAGAAAAACACAUUAAAAACACUGCGAAAAAUAUCGGACAAACGUUCUCCCAAGAUCAAAUCGAUUAUCAUAAACGACGUUUGAUAGAAGAUGAUACCGAUUGCCAAAGAAAAUAUGAUUGUUAGACAAUAAAGAUUAUACAUAACAAUUUUCGAGUAGACAAGACUUCAAAUUAUUGUAUUGCGUAUGGCGUAACAAUAUUCGAUUAAACAAUGUGUAUUUUUUCGAGUACAUACCGGAUUGUAAUAUAUUGCAGAAAUUUAUGAGUACAAAUAAUUGAUAUUUUCCAGGCUAAAUGUGUCGAAUUACGUUUCCACGUUGCUAAAUUAUAUUGUUAGUUUAUUAUUCUUUUUUGACUUUGAUCCAAAAAAUAAUUUUGUUUAAUUUUAUACUGAAAGCCAAUUUGCAAAUAAUUUACAGUUAUGAUAUAAAUACGUGAUAAAAUUUUUGUAUGCAUUACUUGCAUUGUACUAAAAACGAACGGUGAAGUCUGCAGGAUAUAAUGUGUAAUGUGUUGUUUAGCGUACGUCAAAAGAGCGCUGAAUCAGCGUGCUGUUACGAAUGAUUAAACAAAUUCACAUUGAUUAGGGCUUCUGACAUAGGUAAUAUCUCGUAUUGUUGCUAAAUUUUAUUUUGUAAUCACAUUUGUAUUUUUAGGCAAAUGAUCGCGAUUAUUGCAUAUGUAUAAAUCUUCGUAAUGACACGUAAUGCUCAAUCAUUAGACAUUGCGUUACGUUACGUUGAUAUCAUCGAUCGUUCUUAUACAACUGAAAAAUUGCUAUUACUUUAAUUAAAAUCUUACAAGUAACAAAAUAAUAAAUAACUUUGCAUUA